AUGGCUUCUCGAACUUGCCUAAAGGCGUUCCUCAUCCUAAUCGGAUUAGUCAACAUAGCCACCGCAGCUGUGAGUGAAAGAAUUCAAUGAACUUUUCAUCGAAAUUCGAAUAAAAAACGAAAACUUUUCAGUACAUCGCCAAUGACGUCGUGUCGGAUUAUGCAGAAGUGAAGGAACUGUUGGCCGCUUUCUACAGAAAACAUGCAAAGAAAUAUGGACACGACUACGUGAGAAAUUCGAAUGUUAAUGAGUUGAACAUUUAUUUUCCAGGAUCCUGUGGCAAUUCAAGCCAUUGCUGAAAACAUGGACAAGGCAAUUAAGGACGACAAAACCGAGGCCACAGUCAACAGAAAGCUGUGGAAUGAGGUGUUCGAGAACGACAUCAUCUUAACCCUUCCUCAGGCAGAAGCUCUUCUCAGCGAAAGCAGUGAGGACUACCUUCGAUAUCAACCACAACAAAACGUUGUUCUUACAGACAUCCCAAGACGAAAGCGACAAGCUCAUCCAGAUCCUCGCAACUUCUGGCCCAAUCUGACCAUUUCUUACGAGUUCUACGGAGGCGAAGACACGUGGCGUCAGUUGGUCCGUAGUGCCAUCCGACAUGUUGAGCAGAACGUGUGCUUCCGGUUCAAGGAGAACGGAGGAGAUAAAGACGGACUGAGAUAUUACCGAGGAAACGGAUGCUGGUCGAAUGUUGGAAGAAUCGGAGGGCGACAACUUGUGUCUAUUGGAUACGGAUGUGACAGCGUGAGUUAGAAAGCACCCGGGACACAGGCAAAGUUUGAAUUUCAGCUUGGAAUUGUAUCUCACGAAACUCUUCACGCACUGGGUUUGUGGCACGAGCAGUCUAGAGAUGACCGUGACAAUUACAUCUCUAUUGCUUCUGAUAAAAUCACCAGAGUACGUUUUCAAAAGGACUCUUAUAUCAAGCAAAUUUUUUGUAGGGAACCGAAGGAAACUUUGCCAAACGAACUCCUGCGAACAGUGACAAUCUUGGUAGGUUUCAGCUAGUACUGAAAAUGUAUUAAUAGAUUGAAUCAGUUUGUUCUCUUGCAUUUAUGACUAGCGAACGUGUGUAAAACAUAGAAAUACUUUCCUUUUUAGGUCAACCGUACGAUCUAGGAUCUGUGAUGCACUAUGGAGCAAAGGCUUUCUCUUACGAUUGGACUAGGUAAUAGAACAGAACAGAAAAUAGAAGACCAGAACUAAAUCUUUAACUUCAGUGACACCAUCAAAACCAAGGAUUGGCGUUACCAGAACACCAUUGGUCAAAGAGACGGACUCUCGUUCAAAGAUGCAAAAAUGAUCAACACAAGAUAUUGUCAAGGUAAAAAGGAUCUCAUCAGGAACUCGUCCUGAAAUUAUCCCUUUCCAGAUGUGUGCCCACGUAAACUUCCAUGCAUCAAUGAGGGAUACACCGAUCCGAACAACUGUGGUCAGUGUCGAUGCCCAUCGGGAUACGGAGGAACUUAUUGCGAAACCGUCGAGUCGAGUAAGUCGUUUAUCGCGUAUCUGAUUACUAUUCGAAUGAUCAGCAUCAUGUGGAGAAUCUCUCAUUGCGACGGCAUCAUACCAGAAGAUUGAAAGCGGAAUUGUACAAGCCGAUGCGAAUUGCGUGUGGCGAAUUAGAGUAAGUAAUGAUGAUAACGAUGAAGCGUAACGGAUCAUUCAACGGAACAAAUGUUGCCUUUUAGAACCCGGGAGGUAGUGUCGAAGUGGUAUUUGACACUUUGAACUUCCAAUGUUCCGAUCCGUGCCAGAGUUACGUUGAGGUCAAGUGGCUUUCCCAGAAAACAGCGACAGGUACUGUUCAAUAACAAUUGCAAAACGAAUCGAUGAGUUUAGGAGCAAGACUCUGCUGCAGUUUGCCAUCGGUCAUCAGAUCGGAAGGAGAUGACAUUCUGAUCGUCUACCGUGGAUACCCGAACACUGCCUACGGAUGGAAGGGAUUCACAUUAAGAUACAGAGCGAGUACGUUAUGAACAAAUUGUCAAAAUUCAUCCGAUAGAUAAACAUUUUCUAUAUAUUGAAUUCAAAACGUUUCAUUUUCUAGUUGGAGGAUCGCCGACAACAGUGGCCACAACCCGCCCAACCACCUACACCACGACCCGACCAUACUGGACCAGAACGGCAAGUGGAUGGAUUCAUAUCGAACACCCACCACUAUACACGCCUGACGGCCAGAUUUACACCUCGGAUGAGCGAUCGGUGGAAAAGUUCAAUUCCGCUGAGGAACUCUUCAAUCCGAGCACUGCCAACAUUUCCUCUUCCGCCUCACCCGCACAGUUUCCUUCAGAUGUCUCCCAACGGGGGCCAUCUGCACACGAGCAUGAUCUAUCGCAAGCUUUAGUGAGACUAUCCUUUUCUUUCCUUUCCUUUCCAUUUUUCUCUUUUGCUAACCCCAAACUCUAUUCACUUAACAAUUGUCAAAAAGGAUCGAAUAGUAUCUAAUAAUUUGGGUUUAGUCUGUUCCAACUCCGACGACCGUUGCUCCAGAAACUGCCUCGUGGAGUGGUUGGGGAGAAUGGUCCGUUUGUUCGCAACCUUGUGGAGGAUGCGGAACCCGAACGAGAGUGAGAGCUUGUUACGGUGGAAACCAGGAAUGCGCGUAAGCAAACUACGUACAACUCGAUGGAGAAAGACUCUUACAGGGGAAGCAAUUUGGAGAAAGAAGGUUGCAACGCUCAGACCUGCGCUAAGCCGAAAAAAGGAAUGAUCUGCAAUGGGCGCCUUCUCCUUCCAUGCGAUUUGCUUUCCAAACUCAAGUUCGGAUCGAACAACUAUUUGAAUCCCAAAUUGAAGCAAUCCGGAUUCGCGCGAGGUAAGCGGUCAUGCAAAUUUUCGUGUUGUUUUGACAGGAACUGACCAAGGUAGAAACAAACUGUUUUGUAGCCAGCACCCUCCCACUGCCACGUAUCUCUCAGCGCAAACCAGUCCUUCGUCAAGAGUAAGUCACGGAUUCUGGGGGGCUAGCCAACUAUUGUCUCGUUUUCAGGCUUGAAAUACAUCCACCAACUGACAGAUUCUACUCCUCGACUACACGUAGAGUUAAGAGACAAACAGUGAUUCGGUUCUGUGAAAAGUAAGACGAAAUGAACAAUCUAUAUUAAAAAUGCUAAAUUUUCAGACGUUUCAUCUACCAGUGUCCAACCGCUCUUCUCACCAUCAACAUGGAGUACAAGGAGCCAACUGAAGCAACCAAUGAUGCUUAUUUCGUGAGUUUCGACAGGUCAAAAUACUAUAUUGGAAAACUUUAAAUUUUCAGCAACAGUAUCCAGAAUGCUGCUCUGGAUACACGCCACGUUCCGGUGUCUGCUACAAGAACUAA